CAUAAUCACUGGACAGCCAGGAGACCACAGCCAGGCUCUCAGCUCCACAAUCUCAAGACAGCCAGGAGACCACAGCCUGAUAAUCACUAGACAGCCAAUGAGACCACAGUCUGGCUUUCAGCACCCCAAUCCCUGGACAGCAAAGACUCUCAGCAUUACAAUCAGUGGAUAGCCAAGGAGACCAUUGCCUGGCUUUCAGCACCCCAAUCUCUGGACAGGAAAGACACUCAGCAUUACAAUCAGUGGAUAGCCAAGGAGACCAUAGGCUUUCAGCACCACCAACUGUGAACACACUGGAUAUCAGUACCACAACCUCUGGACAGCAAAGACACUCAGCAUUACAAUCAGUGGAUAGCCAAGGAGACCACUGCCUGGCUUUCAGCACCCCAAUCUCUGGACAGCAAAGACUCUCAACAUUACAAUCAGUGGAUAGACAAGGAGACCACAGGCUUUCAGCACCACCACCUGUGGACACACUGGAUAUCAGUACCACAACCUCUGGACAGCAAAGACUCUCAGUACCACAACCUCUGGACAGCAAAGACUCUCAGUACCACAAUCAGCCAAGGAUAGUCUGCUCAGGUCUACGGGCUCUCUCAACCAUCUGCUUCCACAAAUCAAACAGUGUCUGUAUCAGCCAGAAGUUCUCACACAAGGCUUCCUACUAGCAGCAAUCAGCAGAUAACUGUACCAGCCAGAAGUCACCUGUCAGCAGCCAUCAACUUGUGUUUGUACCAGCCCAAGGUUCCAUGUCAGCAGUAAUCAAUCUACGUCUGUACCAUCCCAUGGUUUCCUACUAGCAGCAAUCAACAAGUGACUGUACCAGCCAGGAGUUUCCUAUCAGCAGCAUUCAGACAGUGUCUGUACCAGACAGAGGUUUCAAAUAAGCAGCAAACAGUCCGGAGUUUAUACCAGCCAGAGCUUCCCUAUCAGCAUCUGAUUCCAGUCUGUGCUCAGUGACAGAGCAGUUUAAGUCUGAGCUCUCACAGCAAAACCGACUCAGUUAUUGGAGAAGUAGCUCUCCCAGCAGGACUGCCAAUAAAUUAUUAUUGGAGAAGGAGCUCUCCCAGCAGGACUGCCACUCAAUUAUUGGUGAAGGAGCUCUCCCAGCAGGACUGCCACUCAGUUAUUGGAGAAGGAGCUCUCCCAGCAGGACUAACACUCAGUUAUUGGAGAAGGAGCUCUCCCAGCAGGACUGCCACUCAGUUAUUGGAGAAGUAGCUCUCCCAGCAGGACUGCCACUCAGUUAUUGGAGAAGGAGUUCUCCCAGCAAGACUGACACUCAAUUAUUAGAGAAGGAGCUCUCCCAGCAGGACUGCUACUCAGUUAUUGAAGAAGGAGCUCUCCCAGCAAGACUGACACUCAAUUAUUAGAGAAGGAGCUCUCCCAGCAGGACUGCCACUCGGUUAUUGGAGAAGGAGCUCUCCCAGCAAGACUGACACUCAAUUAUUGGAGAAGAAGCUCUCCCAGCAGAUAGAAGGAGCUUUGUGUAUUUGUAGCAGACAGGUAUUGGAGCUCUGUGAGUAUUUGGAGCUGAGGCUACAGACAGACACCCUCCAUGUCCCCCUGACCUCUGGGAUCAACACUCCCGAUUUGCUGACAAUGAAUAGCUCAGGUCUUCUGGGCUCACAGCCCCCUGAGGUGGGUACAGAGACCACCCUGGUGCUGCCCCUCAUCCUGGCCACCAUUUGCCUGCUGGGCUUCACGGGGAACCUGCUGCUUAUUGCCACUCUCCUACAUGACGUCCGCAGCGGUAAGUGCUCGCUGGCCAAUCUCCUGGUGAUCCAUGUGGGGGUCACUGACCUGCUGCUGCUGGCCCUGUGCCUGCCUGUGCUACUCGUAUCUCAAGCCCGCCAGUCGUGGGUGCUUGGACACUUUGCCUGCAGGACUUCAGACUGGUUCGUACAUAGUUGCCACAUAGUCAAGAGCCUGACCCUGGCUGCCAUCAGCCAUGCCCGGUACCGCCAUGUGCUGUCCCCACCACGUCUGCAGCCUGUCAGUGGGGGACGGGCCGGGGGCCUGCUGCUUCUAUCCUGGUCCCUAGCCCUCCUACUCCCACUGCCACAGCUGCUCUUCUCCCGGUUGGAAGAAGAGGGGGGGCGGCUGCGGUGCGAGCUGGACGUCCCGGCCAGGGCAGAACCGUUCAUGGCGGUGUUCUCUAAACUGUACCCACUGCUGGUCUAUGUGCUGCCUGCUGCCUUCACCAUGGGCUGUUACAUCCGGGCCCUGCAGCGGAGGCAGGAGCGCAGGAAGAGGCUGUGUGGUCAGCGUGCUGGGAGCCGGAGAACCACUGCCAUGCUGCUGGCUGUCGCCCUGGCCUUCCAUGCGCUGUGGCUGCCACAGUGGUUGGUGUGGCUGUGGGCCCGACAUGGUUCAGCUCAACCCCCAGCCUCCAUGCUGGUUCUGGCCCAGGUUCUGCUGUUUGCAGACUGUGCCUUGCCCCCAGGCCUCUUCCUGGCCGUGUCCCCCGACUUCAGAGACAGCUGCUGGAAUGCCUUGCCCCUGGCACGCUGCCGGCCCCCACAUGACAACAGCUCAGAUAUGGCCACCAUACAAUCUCUGCAUGACUUGCCAUCCACCCGCUUGGCCCCCAGGGGCCCCCAGGACACCAGGGAUGGCAAAUUCCUCCCAGAUGUGGAGCAUUUCUGGCAGGAUCGCAGGAACACCACAGCUGGGGAAGACAAUGACCCCAUGCCAUGGGAGCAUCAGACACAGCCAUGACAGGGCUGGCCAAGAAAACCCCCAGGGGGCCAUGUGAGUGU